UUAUUGUUUGACAAUGAAUGCACUAUUGUAUAUUUGGUUCACUCUAGAAUGAACCAUUUUUUGUUUUUAAACAUUUAAACAUUUAAAUUGAACGCCUAUGAUUCUAUAGGUAGUCGGACCGUACAGAGAACGAGAAGAUCACGAGGAAAACGGUGAUGCCGGUGUACAAGUUCCGAGGGAUGAACUUUUGUUGGAAGAGAACAUUGAGGUAGUUGAAGUCAUGAUGGACAAUGACAACGUUGAGGUAAUUGAGGUCAUGAUGGACAAUGACAACGUUGAGGCAGGCGAAGUCGCGAUGGACGACGACAACGUUGAAAUAGUUGUCAUGAACGGAGACGAACAAGUAUCAGAUGAUGAUAACUUUGUUGGUGUUUUCGACCUUUCACCACUGUACGAUAUUGAAGGGGUUGAACAAAUCGCCCCGAUUGUUGCUAGACUGUUGGUAGACCGUCCGGCUGGCGUUCAGCACCCACUACCGGAACCACACAACUUAGGUGCAUUGAAUUACAGUAGCCAUAGAUAUGUAGCCAUAUCUAUGAGAGUAGCUGAAAAUAAUUUUGAUAAUAGAUAUGAUGAUAGAUGA